UUUACUUAUGACUAUAUUGAUAUUCAAAGCCGAGUGAAAAUAACUCAAAAAGUCUUUUGAGCAACUUCCGCUUGUUUUUCAUCUUCAUGUCGCGUUUUGCUUGUCUUUGCCAUGUACGAAACAGGUACUUAUAUUGAAUUUCAACUCCACGAUUAAACAAAGCCGAAUAUUUAAAAUCGGCACAACGAAGAUAUCCGAUUGUUUUCCGGUUUUUCACGAGUCAUCAUAGCCGACAUUGCGAAGUAAGCACUCUAGUUUCGUACAAGUUUUCACCUAAAAAAACUUAUUUCUUUUCGGGCAUGUGCUAAUGAUGGUAUCUGGAAAAGAUUUUGGAAAAUUUUGACGUUGUGUGGAAGUAGCCUUUUUGUUCAAUUUAUGUUCGUAACAACAAAUGUUAUGACAUGAACUGAAUUUGUGUUUAGUUGACUGGAUAAAUGACGCAUGACCGAGGAAUUGCUAGUAUUCCAUUGAUGUAUACGAAAGCUUUCUCAGCUUAUGUUUCGAGUACUUGACCGCCUCCAACGUUUCAAGACAAGACUUGACAAAGUGUUUUGAUAGACGACGAAAGCUCUUCGUGUAUGAAUUUCAUGUUUCAAGUGCAUAUGGACGAUAAAAUUGGAUUCUUGUACAAGAUAAACAAAUUCUGAUUAUGAUGUUAAUCAAGGCCUUCUGACGAUUCGGUCUACUACAUAAAUUCUCUGUGUACUCAUAUUGUUCAUCACAGAUUAAAAAUUUCAAUAAGCUUAGUGCUCCUGAUUGUUCGUUGUUGAAAACAACGUUACGUGCUCGUAUAAAUUGUUAUCACCCGUGACUGGGCUUUUUCACAAAGAAUCUCAUCGACGUUUUAUUAUCAAAUACUUCGUACAAACAAUAAGAUCUCAGUAUCGCGAGGAAACGACAUAAAGGAUACAACGUUUGUGCAAAUAGUGGUAUUAAAACCUAUAUGUUUUUAGUGUUAAACCGUACAUUAUGUUCGUCGUUUGCAUAAAUCUCUGACAUUGGAAAGAUUGAAGAGAACGGUCGUGUUUACGUAAGUCAAACAUGGCAUUCAGAAAAGGUUCAAAGUCGAUUACUGUGGAGAAGGAAGGCUAUCUAUAUGUGUUUAAGAAAAAAUUUUCUGGUCUAAAGCCGAAGGAAAAGGCCUGGCAACAAAAAUAUAUCGUAUUACGAAAGGGUUUUAAGGAUGCACCCUGCUUGGAGUGGUAUGAAAGUCUGGAAUCCUUCAUAUCGCACAAAAAUUCAUCAAAACUUAAGUUGGAUACAAUCGAGUACAUUGGGCCUGUCGAUAUGAGUGAGGAUUUUACAUAUGCAUUCAUUUUGUUUGGAGAAAAGCAAAACAAGUUGCAAUUGGCUGCAAAAAGUGAUGGUGAACGUGCAGAGUGGAUCAAUGCACUAAAUCAUUGCCUUCGAAAUGGUCAUCAAACAAAAUCAUCAUUUAUCUCAUAUCCUAAACCUAAGGAGGGCAAAAAGAAUGGCUAUUCUGUUAAACUCGAAGACUUUGAUUGCGAAUUAAACAAGGAUAUACUACAAAACAGCAAUCGAGAUUAUGUCAUGAUUGUUUAUCCAAAUAAAAUCUCGCUAUUCAAAGUUGAUGGUAGAGGUGAAGAAAAACAUGUGUUGAGUUGGAGUUUGGAAAAUAUCAGGAGUUAUGACAGCAAAAUUAUUGACCAGAAUUUAACACAUAAGUUGCUGUCCAUUGACACUGGAAGAAGCAGCACCACAGGAGAAGGAAGAUUCAAUUUUGUCACACCUCAUGGUGAUCAGAUCAAGAGCCUCAUCAGUUUAAAUGCAAAACGAACUUUCACACAAAAGAUGAAUUCGUUUGAAAGUUCUACCAUGGAGGGAUUGUACAGUUCAAGUCCAGAAACCCCAGUCAGAUCCAUGUCAUUUUCUCCUCGGAAAUAUAAAGGCGCUCCCGGUGUUAGAAGACAGACCAUUGCUAGAGAUAGGUCAAUACCUUUCCACAAAUAUGAUUCCCCCGAAAACAAUGAAGGCUAUGGGCACUAUAUCCAAAAUCAAAACGGUUAUAUUGACAUCUUCACAGAUCAAAAAGAAGUUGAAGAAAAUCGUAAGAGAAAUAAUUCACAUUCCAGUGUGAGCAUAUUUAAAAUGGAAGAAGAAGAGAAAGCAUCGUACGUGGAUAUUUCAACACAAUUUCAACAUAAACACUAUGUUGAUGUUUUACCAGAAGAAUCAGAGACACAAAAUGAGUACGUUGAUGUAUUAGCAGCAAAUGAUGAUAAUUCUCAUCCGUCAUACGUUGAAGUUAUUGGAGAAGAAGUAAAAGUAUACAAAACGGACGUAGAAAGUCGUGAGAAUUCAUCUUAUGUUGAAGUUUUAGGUGAUGAUGUACAUUUAGUGGAACAGCAGGAUAAUGAUGUACAACAGGAGACUUACAAGUCGCUUGAAAAAAGUUUUAAAACAGGUGAAAACUUCGUGGUGGUUCGUGAGCAACAUUACCAGUCGCAGACUAUCACAUCACACGUGAUCAGUGAACAAAAUUCACGUGAAGAGGAGAAACUUGAAAGUCUUACAAAUGUUAGUUCUCCUGUACAAAGAUACCCUCUUAGUGUCACAUCUCAAACAAGUGCGGAAUUCAGUAGCUUAAGUAGUGAAAAUGACGUCUUUCAAAAUGAAAUUAACAUCGUUUCAGAAGUAUUUCACGAGGAGGAAGAGUUCGUAUCUGACGUGUCAGCAAAAAUUACCGAAGAUAUGGCGACAGAUUUCAAAAAUACUUUGACACAAAACGAACCUCCGUUACGUCCAAAGAAAAGCUUUUCACACGCGGCUACCUUUCCUUCAAUUUCUGAAGGAUUAUCUCCAGAGAGUGGUGUCAACUUGAGCGCUGAUGUCAAAUUGGAGAACGAAAAGUCAGAGGAGAAACGCCCCUUAAAAGUUGGAAGUUGGCAUAGUGACAAUGGAGGUGACGCUAGUCAUUCCGAGAAUUCAAGUUCAACCUCUGAAAGUGAGGAUGAUAUGUUGAAUUGGUCAAUGAAGGAACGAAACGAAGAUUCUAUAAUAGAGACAAGAGAACGAAGUCACACUAUUGGUGAACUUACUAGUCUUCGAGGCAACGGUAGCAUCAUGGAAUCUACUUUACUGAAGGCUUUUGAAAUGUCUUUGACUAAUCCACAACACAUCAACACUUCUCCUAAAAAACAUCCUCCACUGACGAGAGAACCGCAAGAUCAGUUGAUUUUUGAACUUGAAAAUCCCACUCAAGCAUCGAGUCCAUCGUCGAUUUCUAAGAAAGGCAACAUUGGAAGCACAAUGAAAUAUAUUUGUUCAAACUGUGGAUGGUAUAAACUUUCAAAGAAACGCACUUCUCUGAGGCCAAAUUUUCGAAAUAAACAAUGUCCGCGAUGUCAUAAAUUAAUUACGAAACAAGAGUCAAAAAGUCCCAAAUCAAAAGACAAAAGUUCUGGAGGAAUCUUGGAUAAAAUCAGAGGCAAACGGCGAAGUUCUGAUGAGAAAAUUGACAAACGCGAUCCAUCAUUUAUGAAACCAGAAAGACCAGUUCCCGUUGAACCACUGUUCGUUAAACGUGUUCGCGAUUCCAGCUUUAGUGUAGCACGUCAUAGUCCAUCUUUAGAUCAAAAACGUAGUGAACGAGGUAUUGCUCCCUCCCCUUUAACUGCCUUUAGUGCAGUCUCACUUGAUGCUGGCGAAUCACGUGUUAGUGUGAGUGCAGACGAUGGUGUGAAUAUGGGAAAAAAUCCUCAUGCUACAUCAGUCAGUGAUAGUACUUUUAAUAACAGUUUAAGUUCUACGUCACGAACGAUCUCCCCUUCGCCAUCAUCUAGUUAUAAUAAUACAGCAAAUGUUGUAUCUCGGACUAGAUCAUCUCCGCCUUUGGUUGUUGGCGCUAAUCAAGAUUCAAGUCAAGAUAUGCUUGAGGUUGAAAAAAUACCUCGAAAAAAUUCCGGUCCCCCCCUGCCGACAUUACCCGAGAUUGAGGAUCAAAAUGAUCCGAAAUACUCAGUUGAGUCGAGUCCUGGAACUCCUCCUCCUGUAAUACCACCACGACCAAGCAAGCCACCGCUACCUCCUCGCCAUGGCAGUGCUCCUGUGAUCACCCCCCUGGUUGAACGUAAACUUCGUAGAUCUCAAACAGAUCCAGUGGUUCAAACAUCUUCUUUGUCACCAAAGCUAAAAACAAAAAAUCCGGUAUCUCGAACACUCACGGAUCCUGGCAACAAUGAAAGUGGCUUAAAUGAAAGCAUUCGUAAUGCUUUAUCACUUGGUGAUCUUCUUGAUGAUAAUGGGGAAUCUCUUAGAAUGAAAGUUGUUGCAGUAUCCUUAGAUGAUCAUUUAAAUGCCGAUUUGACCCCACCUCCCCUACCACCUCGAAGAGGCUCUGGUCAAGCAAAUCAUCCGCCUCCAUUGCCUCGUAAAGCCUCAAACGAGAGUGACAAACUUCUUAACAGCGCUAACUUUUCAAGACUAGAAGCUCACCGCUUUUCGAACGAGAAUCGUCCCCAACUUCCUGAAAGAGUAAACCCGAUCGAGUCGAAUUCAAAAUUACCAUUAUCAGCUAAACGAAGUAUUGAAGCUAAAAGAGAUUUCCAGGCGAGAAAACCAAUGUUUCACAAUGAAGUUAACGAAUGAUUACAAAAGAUGAAAAUUUACAUUGAGGAAAAUCAUAUGAAUGUUUUGCAUUUGUCAGCUUGGAUCACAGAAUUUAUCUUAAUGACAUCAUUAAUUUGUAUUUUUUUUUCAUUCUUGAACUGACAUAAUUUAGUAUUUCAAGAUGUCAAAGACUUAAUGCUUCUUCCUUUCAUUAGGAGAUGUUUAAUUUUCUUAUUAAGAUACAAUAUUUUAAGACAGGAAAGCAUACACUAUUCUCAUUUA